AUGUUCUAAAGCCAAUAUCCACCUCUUAUAGCACUCUAAUCCUUCAUACGAUAACUGUAGAUACCUGGGUUCAAAUUUGAGGCUGCAAAUAUAACUUUAUUUGCCGGAAUACUGUCUUUAAAUCGUGGGUUUCUUCCAGUAUCAUUCCCCCCAAUGUACGGCCAGUGUCAGACUAUCGGCAUCACGUUUCUCCGGCACACAGGCAUUGGAUUUCUCUACGUUGCACGGUAUAUAUGGCACAUCCUAGAUUCACCGUACACUACACACACUGUAUCUAUCAAAAUGGCUGGUGCAUCUGACAAAAAGUUGGCGGUCGCCAACACCCAGACGUUAAAGAGCGUACACACCGUGUCCUUAGCGAUCAAUGUGCUUGCACUCCUCGUUUUGUUUGUCUUCCACAGACCGGGGUCCAAGAAGCCGUUUAUUUUCUUCAGUUUGCCGUUGGUCGGCGCUGAGUAUGCCAUUGAGAGGUUUGGCCGUCCAAAGUACGAUGGGAAGGUGGUUGUGCUGGCGGGUGCUGAUUUGACCCAGCAGGGUGUCACCGAAUGGUUGUUUGACAUUGUCUACUUCACGUUGGCCUUGGACGUGUUGAUGAUCCUUUUCGGCUCCAACAAGGUCUGGUGGUUGUGGUUGGCCAUUCCCGGGUACGCCGGCUACAAGUCCUUCGGAUUUUUAAAGGGCCUUAAGGAGAUGUUCAUGGGCAGCUCCAGCGGAAAGAAGGCUGCAGAAGGCGCCAAGGUCGAGCCUACCAAGAGUAAAAGGCAGGCCAAGAUGGAAGCCAGAAGCCAAAGGGCCGAAAAAGGGUCCCAGCAGGCUCGCUACAGAUAGUCUUUAUAAUAAAUAACUGCAUAGUAUCUAUCACAAUAAAACGCACUACACAGCCAGGUUUU